AAAUCUCAUUACAGCCGGUUGUGAGCCACCACACGGUUACUGGGAAUUGAACUCAGGACCUUUGGAAGAGCAGUCAGAGCUCUUAACCAUCUCUCCAUCUGAAUAUUAAGCUGUGCCAUUUUAUCAAGUCACUGGGACUUUGGAAGAAGCCAACUUGACUUCGGAGAACUUCCUAUGGCUCCCUGGACACCUGCUUGGUCUCUAGAUCUCCCAAGUCACUCUUAAUAGUAUCCCUUAGCAAAGGGGGGGGCCCAUGCAAUCACCUCAGUGGCAUCUCCCUCCUGAACCAGAGCCAUUUGUAUGCCCUUGUAACUGGGCACCGGGGCAAGGAGAGAGAAAGCAGCUGUUGAGCUAAUCUUGGCCGUCAAGGUGACUGUAUCUGGAAUCAACAAAACCCCAAGCAACUGGGCACACCUGUGAGGGAUUUUUCUUGAUUGGAAUAUUUGACGUGGGAGAUGCAUCCUAAAUCCAGAUCUUUUGGGGUUAGAAGACUCACCCUAAAUCUGGGCUACACCCUCUGGUGGCAGCCCACAUUAAAGGACAUGGGAACAGGGAGCUUUUGCUUUUUGCCUGCUUGUCCCCACUCUCACUGGCAAGUCUGUCUAUCCUGUCCCUGAGUCGCUCCUUCCCUGGAGUUAGAACCAACUUCUUCAGGAUUCUACCGUGGACUGAAAUGGCCGCUCUCUAGAGCUUCUCUGAGACUCCAGCACCAGACUGGGACAGCUGAGACAUCCAGUCUUGUGAACUGAACAACUACCAGAUCCUUUCCAUGGGAGACAGCCAUUGCUGGACUGCUUACAACACAGCCCUUAAGUCACUCUAAUACAUCCUCCGUGUGUCCGUCUGUCCGCGCUCUCGUGUGUGUCCAUCCCUUCAGUUCUACUCUUUUGGAGAACCCUAACUGAUACGGCUGCCUUUCUCAGUUUGCAUACUUUCUCUCCUGGGGCUGGAGUAUCCAAGGAGGAUUUUUGCAAGCUCAGUAUCUGAAGAAUGAAAUGGUAUAAAGUUAUAAUUUAUUACCAAGUUUUCGCUGUUGGUUUUGUUUUAUAUUUUAGAAAGCUGCUGAGUCCACGGAAGGAUCGGACUUUGUCUUGAUUCAUUCACUUGAUGUCAUGACCAGUCAUUUUCACAACACCACGUGGGAGUGGGGAAAAGCAGAAUCCUCUGGCCUCCCUGUGACCCAAACUGCUGACAGACCUUUGUUCCUGCCCCUCCCUUGUCUGGGUCCUAGAGACCGACCAGGUCGGCUCCGGACUGGUGUGGUGCUUCCCUAGGCCUCCUGCUCAGCUCCAAGCUCCCCAUGGCGGCGACGCUGAGCCUGGAGCCCGCGGGCUGCAGCUGCUGGGACGAGCCGCUGAGCAUUGCCGUGCGCGGCCUGGCCCCCGAGCAGCCCGUCACGCUGCGCGCCGCCCUGCGCGACGAGAGAGGCGCGCUCUUCCGCUCCCACGCGCGCUACCGCGCCGACCCCCACGGCGAGCUGGACCUGGCGCGCGCGCCCGCGCUGGGCGGCAGCUUCGCGGGGCUCGAGCCCAUGGGGCUGCUCUGGGCCAUGGAGCCCGAUCGGCCUUUCUGGCGCCUGAUCAAGCGCGACGUGCAGACGCCCUUCGUGGUGGAGCUGGAGGUGCUGGACGGCCACGAGCCCGACGGCGGGCGGCUGCUGGCGCGGGCGGUGCACGAGCGUCACUUCAUGGCUCCCGGGGUGCGGCGCGUGCCCGUGCGCGAGGGCCGUGUGCGCGCCACGCUCUUCCUGCCCCCAGGAGAAGGACCCUUUCCAGGGAUUAUCGAUGUCUACGGUGUUGGUGGGGGCCUGUUGGAAUACCGAGCCAGCCUUAUGGCUAGCCAUGGAUUUGCUACACUGGCUCUGGCCUUUUAUGACUUUGAAGACCUCCCUAAGGAUUUCACCGUCGUAGAAGUGGACUACUUCGAGGAAGCAGUGAGCUACAUGCUCCAACACCCCAAGGUAAAGGGCCCAGACAUUGGGCUUCUGGGUCUUUCUCUGGGAGCUGAUAUUUGCCUCACCAUGGCUUCGUUCUUGAAGAAUGUCUCAGCCACAGUUUCCAUCAAUGGCUCUGCAUUCAGCGGAAACAGACACAUACACUACCAGCAGACCAUGAUUCCACCACUGGGCCAUGACCUGAGGAGAGUGAAGGUGGCUUUCUCUGGCAUUCUGGACAUUGUGGAUAUACGGAACGAUCCUGUGGGCGGCUGUGAGAACCCCAGUAUGAUCCCGAUAGAGCAGGCCAAGGGGCCCAUCCUCUUCAUCGCUGGGCAGGACGAUCAUUGCUGGAGGAGCGAACUUUACGCUCAGAUAGCCUCGCAAAGGCUGCAGGCUAGCGGAAAGGAGAGGCCACAAGUAAUCUCCUACCCUGGGGCUGGCCAUUACAUUGAGCCUCCUUACUUCCCCAUGUGCCCAGCUUCUCUGCACAAAAUAGUGAACAGAGCUGUUCACUGGGGAGGGGAGGUCAGGGCUCACUCCAGAGCCCAGAUAGAUACGUGGAAGCAGAUUCUGGCCUUCUUUGGCAGACACCUGCAGAGUACCCAGAGCAGAGCUUCCUCUAGAUUGUAGUGCAUUUGUCUGUUAGUGGACAUGGUAGGUUCAAGGUCACACUUUGAUGUUCAGUAACUUCAUGGGGAUCGGUUUUCUGCCAGAUAUCAUUAAAUUCAUGUUUGGGGCAUUCAUGGUUUAUAGGUCACUUUACUGAAUAAGUUUUUAGUCAAUGCAGUAUUUUACUUACAUAACAUGUGCUUGUGAAAGAUUCAGAUGCGUGUGAUACAAUGAAUAAAGUUUUUAAAAAGCAACCCCUUAUUAAAAUGUA